AUGCGCUGUGCGCCGCCGCGAUGGCACGUUUGGUAUGCGGUACUGCCGCCUGAGGUGCCCGCUCAGAAUUGGUGGCCACUUCAGCCGAACCUAGACAUUGCGGCACUCACUCCCAGACUCGCUCGGUGCCUUCAAGGGCGCUUCGCCCAGCCCGCCGGUACGCUCGAAACGAUUUACGAAUCCUUUGUCGUCGACCAAAACACCUACGAUCGCGAAUCGCGUCUCGCUUUACAAAAUCACCAAGUCCUCGACCCGCGGACCCAGAUCCUCGAAAACCUCGUCGAUUGUAACUAUACCUAUCUCUCCACGAAUGAAAAAGAUGGGUUCCCAGAGGUAGGAGAGGGGUUUAAGGGGAGGGUGGGUACGUAUUGGGAUCAUUGCGAGAGUUUCUUGAAGACCGAACGGGCGUAUGGGGAGGAGUUGGAGGAGAGGAGGAGGUAUAUUGAGAGGAAGAGGGUGGCGAGGGAGGCUGACGACGCGAGGGAGGCCAAGGAGGCGGAGGAGGCCAAGGCGGAGGAGGAUGAUGAAGACGACGAAGAGGAUGAGGAGGGUGAGGAAGAUGAGGACGAUGAAGAGGGAGAGGAAUCGGACGAAGAGGAAGUGGAGUCCGAGGAGGACAAAGUGAGGGAGGAGAUGAUGGAAAAGGUGAUCAAAGAGGUGUUGGAUAACGUGGCGCGACAGACACAAGCACGCCGUGGAGGGUCCUGGAAGAAUUGA